GUUAGGGUUGUGGUAAAGUAGUUUGCUACGGUUUAACGUUGUAAUUUAUUUGGAUGAGUAAAGAGUGUCUCUUAUUUGAUGAUGGUGGUGGUAAGGUUUGAUAAGCAUUGGGUGGUGUGUUGUGAUGUAAUUGACUUUGGGGGGGGCAGGGUAUAAGUAUAAACAUGAUUUCUUGGAGGAAAGUUAGUGUAUUGCAGUGGGCAGAUUGCAACUUGUCGAUUUUGUCAUCAAUUGCUUUACUAGGAAUAAUGGAUCAACGCUACUAUACCCUCGCCGAAGGCUGCCCCUACGCCAGCAAUGCCAGUUCGGUGCAGUUGCGCAGCGGCAAUGGCGGCCUGCUUCUAAUGCAGGAUACCCAGCUCAUUGAAACUCUCUCUCACUUUGCUCGUGAGCGGAUCCCAGAGCGCGUAGUCCACGCCAAAGCAGCCGGCGCAUACGGCGAAUUUACCUGCACCCACGACUGCUCCGACAUCACCUCCGCCAGCUUCCUCAGCGAAAUAGGCAAAACCACCCAGUUACUCCUGCGCGUCUCGACCGUUGGUCCGGAAGCUGGAUCAGCCGAUACCUUGCGUGAUGUGCAUGGCUGGGCGAUGAAGCUUUAUACGGAUGAGGGUAAUCUGGAUUGGGUGUUCAAUAAUACGCCCGUCUUUUUCAUUCGAGAUCCGCUCAAGUUCCCGUCGCUGAAUCGGUCUCAUAAACGGAAUCCGCAGUCGCAUUUGCCGGAUCCAAAUAUGUUUUGGGACUUCCACGCCGGAAACCCAGAAGGCUUCCACCAGCUCCUCCAUCUCUUCAGUGAUCGAGGCACCCCUGCGUCUUUGCGACACAUAAAUGCCUACAGUGGACAUACCUACAAAUUCACCCUCAAGGAUGGCUCCUUCAAAUACGUCAAAAUCCACAUCAAAACCACCCAGGGCAUAAAGAACCUCACUAAGGAAGAGUCCGUCCGCAUGGCCGGAGAGAAUCCCGACUUUCUCAUCCAGGAUCUCUUCGAAGCCAUCGAGCGGAAAGACUAUCCGACCUGGAAUGUUUACGUGCAGGUCAUGUCUCCUGAGCAGGCUGAAAAUUACCGAUGGAAUAUCUUCGAUAUGACCAAGGUGUGGCCGCAUAGUGAUUUUCCGCUGCGUCAGAUUGGGACGAUGAAGUUGAAUCGGAAUCCCCGAAACUACUUCACCGAUAUCGAACAAGCCGCUUUCUCCCCAUCGAAUCUGGUUCCUGGUAUUGCUCCAUCCGCCGAUCCUAUGCUCCAAGCGCGCAUGUUCUCCUACCCCGACGCAGCGCGCUACCGCGUCGGCACCAACUACCAACAACUCCCGACCAACGCGGCCAAAACCCAAGUGUACUGUCCCUACCAGCGCGACGGGCAAAUGAAUUUCUCCGACAACUACGGUGCUGAUCCUAACUACGUCGGGUCAUCUCUGAAGCCGAUCAAAUUCUACCAAGAUGUCAAAGGACAGGCACCACAGGCUGUCAGCACUCUCACAGAGCAUGAGAAGUGGGUGGGCCAGGUGAGUAACUUUCAGUAUGGACUGUAUGAAGAUGAUUUCGUGCAGGCGAGGGGGUUGUGGAAGGUAAUUGGGAAGGAGGAGGGACAUCAGGAACGGUUCUUUGGGAAUGUGGCGGUGCAUUUAGGGCAGGUAUGGAGUGAUAAGUUGAGGGCGAGGGUUUAUGAGCUGUUUUCAAAGGUGGAUCCGGGGUUAGGGGAGGGGGUGAAAAAGGCUACGGAGGAAGUGGUGAGGAAGGGGGAGAGUAGAAAAUAGACAGGUAGAUGUGCUGUACUUUGUAGCUAGGGGUAUAAAAGUGUUGAUUGAUCAUGGUGUUGUUUUAGGAUGGUCAAGAAUGCACGCCAGCUGUCAUUGCUUAGUGCUUUCGGAGAAAAAACGUCAAGGCGCAUUCUUGUGCAUGGCAGUGGCCAAUCCAACCAUCCGGAGGAAUCUGCUGCAUAUGGGCUGUGACGGGGCGGUUUCAAUACGCUUUCUCAGAUUGUAAGUUUUAUC